UGAGAAAAACUAGUAUUCAACAUAGAAAUUUAUUGCAUGAAAGUGAAAAUUUUAGUAAAACCGGACAACUAAACAAUCCAAUGGUGAAGGACAAAGAUGGGAUUCAGCAUGGAAAUCAGUAUAAUGAUUCAAAUUGGUCACUCUCAAUGGAUGAAGAUUACAUAGUAUUUUGCUUCGGAGAAGAUGGAUCAUUUGAUGUUGUUAAAGAAGUCAAAUCCAAUAAUUAUGCCGAUGACGAAGAACUACAAGAAGAAACUGAUAAGCAGAUGCAUGGGAAUAGAUCAAAUGAUGAUGAACAAUAUCAAAAUUGUACAGAAUUUUUUAAAGAGGAAGAGAUAAAAGAGAUGGAAAGAGAGCAAAUCCGAGAAGGAAUUGAUGAGUUUGGAAUAUUGUAUUCUGAAUUAGGUGAUUCUAACCGAUCUGAAGGCAGUAAUGGUUCUUUUGCAUUCCCUGUGUUAAAUUGGGAGUGGAUGGGAAGCCCUGUAAAGAUGCCUAAGUCAGAAGAUAUUUGUCAAAAGAAGCAAAAGAUCCGAUUUAUUCCAUUUCAGUGCUGUCGAUUCUGAUCAUGACUCCACAUUUUCCCAUUUUUUUCACAAAUGAAUGCUUCUGUUUAGUGAAUAAUAAGCUAGAAAUAUAAUUUACCAUUUCUUCA